AUGGUGCAGGGGCUGGCCGAGGGUCUGGGAAUCAAGUGGAAACUGCAUCCUGCUUACAGACCUCCGAGCUCAGGGCAAGUGGAGCGUAUGAACAGGACCCUUAAGUCUAUCCUAGCUAAAUUCUGUCCAGAGACCAGCCUGCAUUGGGUCAUAGGAGAACUCACCCAGGAUGCAGCCUUACCCCAGCGAGGGAAGACUUUAGCCCGGCUACACAGAACAGUUCUAGAAAGGGAAGCUAUACCCCCUGGUUACCUGGUGAAUGGUUUCCAGCCGGGAGACCAGCUGUCUGUCUAUGCUGACUCAGACUUUGUUUCUGCAAUUAUGGCUGUGUCCUCUGAACUGGAGGAAGUGGGGAGAUCAGAGCGGGCCCUGUUUCUUCCACUCCUAAUGGGGGCUGGACUUUUGGGUGGAAUAGGGACUGUUACUGUUCUGAUUCUUGUUAUCCCCUUGGGCCCCUGCCUCCUGAAUGCCCUCAUGUGGUUCAUAGAGUCAGUUGUAAGCGAGAAAACAGUCACUGCCCUCAUGUCCCUGAGGGAACAUCAGCCCUUGGCCCUAGAUGAUGCCCCUGUAGAACCUGGCGGAGGCGUGCGCCGUGACGUCACGCCCUCCGGGUCCCUCCUCCUGGGCUCCCACCGCCCCCCGGGGCAUGCCGGGAGUCGGCAGGUGCGCAGGCGCAGCUUCCCCAGGGACCCGGUGCUGGGUUCUGCUCUUUGUUCUCGGCCCCUGCUGGCUCAACCUUCAGAGGACCAAGGCCUGGCCCAAGCAGGGAGCCUGGAGGCAGAAGGAAUGGCCCCUGGGAGCCAGAGACCCCCAGCCCAGGAGUUGGUGACAUUCAAGGAUGUGGCUGUGGAUUUCACCAAGGAGGAGUGGUGCCUCUUGGACCAUUCUCAGAAAGAGCUGUCUAAGGAGGUCAUGCUGGAGAAUGUCCAGAACCUGCUCUUUGUAGGGCUUCCAUUUUCUAGGGAAGAUUUGAUCUCUCUUUUGCAGCAAGGGGAAGCAGCAGGGAUGGUAGAGCAAAAAGGCCCAAGGAGCUCCUGUCCAGAGACCACGUGUGAAGUAAAUGAGAUGACUACAAAGCUGAGAAUUUCUCUGGAAGAAUCUGGCCAGCAAACAUUCAUGAGGGAUAGUGCCUGUGACUACGAUUUGAAAGAAAUCUGUGACUCAAAUAUGAAGGUAGAUAAAAGUCCAAAGAAUCAUUGUGAAUUUGGAAAAAGUGGAAAGAGAUUCAGAGAGUCUUCAGUCAUAAAUCACUGUAAGAAAAUGACCUCGUGGAAUGACUGUUUUCAGGAUAGUGAUUAUAGCAAAUGCUUUCCUGAAGAACUUUUUCAUUCCCAGGAGAAGGCUCCUAAAACGCAAAUGUUUCCAGGUAAUCCAUGGGAAAUGGCCAUUAGCUGGAGUUCAGACCUCGAUGGACAUCAGAAAAUUGAUGCAGGAGAAAUGCAGUAUGUUAGUCACAAAGGCAGAAUGGCCUUCAGUGGGAAACAUCAGCAAAUUCCCAUUAGAAAGGAGCCUAAUGAAUACAAUGAAUGUGAAGCAACCUCACCCCAUCACUUAUCUCUUCCUUACCAUCCUGGAUUUCGUACUGUACUGAAGCCAUGUGCAUAUAAUCAGUGUGAGACAACCUUUGGUUGGGACUCAGCUCUUAUUAGACACCAGAAGGUUGAUACUGGAGUGACAUUUUAUAAAUGGGAUGAAUGUGGGAAGGGUUUCUGCUAUAGAUCACUCCUUAUUGGUCAUCAGAGAAUUCACACUGGAGAGAAACCUUUUGAUUGUAACCAGUGUGGUAAAGCCUUCGGACAGGUGCUGCAUCUUUCUUUACAUCAGAGAAUCCACAGUGGAGAGAAACCUUAUCAGUGUGAUCAAUGUGGAAAGACUUUCCAAUUUAAUUCCCAUCUUGCUGUACAUCAGAGAAUUCACACUGGGGAGAAACCUUAUGGAUGUAAUGUAUGUGUAAAAGCUUUCAUGUAUGGCUCCAGUCUUGUUAAACAUCAAAGAAUCCACACAGGGGAGAAACCUUAUGUAUGUAAACAAUGUGGGAAAGCUUUCAGAUUCCGCUCCAGUCUUACUGAUCAUGAUAAAAUCCACACUGGAGAGAAACCUCAUGAAUGUAAUCAAUGUGGAAAGGCUUUCAGACAGAGCUCCAAUCUUGUUGCACAUCAGAGAAUCCACACUGGGGAGAAACUUUAUGAGUGUAAUCAAUGCAGAAAGGCUUUCACACAGAGCUCCAGUCUUGCUGCACAUCAGAGAAUCCAUACCGGAGAGAAACCUUUUGAAUGUAAACAGUGUGGAAAGGCUUUCACAAAGAGUUGCAGUCUUGCUGAUCAUGAGAAAAUACACAGUGGUGAGAAACCUUUUGAAUGUAAACAGUGUGGAAAGGCUUUCACAGUGAAGGGCAAUCUUGCUAGACAUCAGAGAAUCCACACUGGAGAGAAACCUUUUGAAUGUAAACAAUGUGGAAAGGCUUUCACACAGAGUUCCAGUCUUGCUGCACAUCAGAGAAUCCAUACUGGAGAGAAACCAUUUGAAUGUAAACAAUGUGGGAAGGCUUUCAUAAAGAGCUACAGUCUUGCUGAUCAUGAGAAAAUCCACAGUGGAACAAAACCUUAUGAAUGUAAUCAUUGUGGAAAGGCUUUCACAAUGAAGGGCAAUCUUGCUAGACAUAAAAAAAUCCACACUGGGUAGAAAUCUUUUGAAUGUAUUCAGUGUGGAAUGGCAUUCCAAAGGACCUCCAGUCUUGCUAAGCAUCAGAAAGUCCACAUUGUUUUGAGAAAACAUAAGAAUGUAAAUGAUGUAGAAAUACUUUCACAAAGAAUUUCAGUCUUUCUGCACAGCAGAGAAUUCAUACUGAAGAAAAACUUCAUGAGUGUCAUGAAUGUGGCAGAAGUUUUAGUUACCGCUCCUAUUUAAUGGAAGAAAAUCCACACUACAGAGAAACCUUAAGGAAUAUGAUCAAUGGGGUAAAGGCUUCAGGCAGCCAUCAUCUCUUAUUUCCUAUUUGAUAAUUCAUAUUACAUAGAAAUCUUUUCACUGUCAUGAACAAAGAAAAGCAUUUGAAUGGAGUUCAGAUCUUGUUCAGUAUCAUAAAAUUAAUUUUGAUAACUAUCUUCAUAUAUUUUUUUUUGGUGGGGAAAUGAAGGUUAAGUGACUUGCCCAGGGUCACACAGCUAGUAAGUGUCAAGUAUCUGAGGCUGGAUUUGAACUCAGGUCCUCCUGAAUGGAUUCAGCUGGGCCAGUGCUUUAUCCACUGUGCCACCUAGCUGCACCCCGACUAGCUUCAUUUUAACAAAAUGUUGGAAGACUUUCAACCAGAGAUCAUUUCUUACUUUGUAUUAGAGUAUUUCUAGUGGAGAGAAGCCUUACGAAUGUACUAAAGGCGAAUGUGGUUUUCUUUGGAAGAGGGUGAUAGUAGAUAACAGUAUUCAUACUGUAAUGAAGAAAUAUAAAGCCAAUGGUUGUAGGAAGGACUUCACCUAGAUUUCAUAGUUGACUAUAUUGGAGAAUCAUACUGGAGAUGAAAGUUAGGGAUCUAAUUAACAAGGGAAGGCCACUUGCUGAAGCACUGAUUAUAUUGGAUCCUCUCAGUAUAAGAUACCUCAUUAAACACCUCAAACUUCACAAAACCCUGUAAGUAUAAUGAAUUUUUCUCUGAAAUCUUAAUUUUUGACAGAAAAUACAUAUGGACCAGCAUCUCACAUUGUUGACUAAGAUUAGCUUCUAAUGCUAACAUAACUUAGACAUAAAAGAACACCUCAAACAUAUUAGAGCAAGAUGGAAGGAGGUUUAGUAGAAGAAUUCAUCUCCAGGCAAGAGAAAGAAGAACACAGAAAAUAAAAUUGGCAAUUUUCAUCACAUAAAAGGAGUAGUACAUCUAAAAUAUUAAAAGAAGCAAUUAACUGGGAAACAGAUUUGUAGCAUUUCUUUCACAAAGGCCUCAUGUCAAAGGUAUAUUAAAAAAACAAUAACUGCUUAUAUACAAAUAUGUAAAGAGUGGAAAAAAUAGGCAUAUGACCAGUUAUGAACAGGCAAUUUUGAAACAAAGAAAUGCAAAUUAUCAACCAUACUUUGGAAAAAAAUACUCUACAUCAAUAAUCAUUAAUUCAAAUCACUAAUAAUUAGAAAGAUUUUCAGAUUAAUAAAGUUAAUAAGAAAAUAAGAAUCACAAAUAUAAGGAAUUUUUUCCUCAGUUGUGUAUUUGUUAUAGGAAUUUUACAUUUGUUUCUUUUUAACCUGGAAGAAGGCAGAUGAGUGGAGGAGAAAAUAAAUGUAAUUAAAAAAAAAAAGCAAAAUGCCACAAA